GGACAGUCCCGCAGUGACGUCAUCGGUCGGGUAGAGCUCGCGCAGAGGGAGGCUUGUUUUGCUACAUUGUUGACGAUUAGUUUGACAUUUAUACAUUGAAUCUACCAGGCUGAGUUAACAAACAAACCCCAAAAGACGCCAUUUUCCAAAGCCUGGACUCGUGUCAUUUGUGUUAACACUCUACAGCAUCGAGCGAAGGAGCCCGGAAACGGCAAACAUGAAAUGGAUGUUCAAAGAGGAUCACUCCUUGGAACAUCGGUGCAUAGAGUCAGCCAAAAUUCGCAACAAAUACCCUGAUAGGGUUCCGGUGAUUGUGGAGAAGGUGUCUGGAUCACAGAUAGUGGACAUCGACAAGAGGAAGUACCUGGUUCCCUCGGACAUCACAGUGGCUCAGUUCAUGUGGAUCAUCAGGAAACGCAUCCAACUGCCCUCCGAGAAGGCCAUCUUCUUGUUUGUGGAUAAGACCGUGCCUCAGUCCAGCAUCACAAUGGGACAGCUGUAUGAGAAAGAGAAGGAUGAGGACGGCUUUUUAUACGUGGCAUACAGCGGCGAGAACACCUUUGGUUUUUAAAAAGCCAUGAUCAUGAUCGGCCUAACCUGUGGAACCACACGGCCUCACUUGCAUCCACCCACAUCUAAUCACAGCCCUCCCUCAGCCCCUGGAGAAACUGUGGGAGCCCCCAGAGAGAUUGAAUGAUAAUGAAAGCCUUGGCAAGCUUGACUGACUGCUCACUUGACUGGAUAAUAAUCAUUGAGUGCACAGGUGUGUUUGUUCUGGCCCAUGUCUUUAUAUAUUCAUUGAUUCAGUUAUGUAUAGUGUGUUAAUUUUAAUUAUUUGUUUGAUGUCAUGAAUAGAGUUUUACUUUUAGAAGGAACCUGGAUUUUUUUUUUUUUUUCUCAGUUAAAUGAUAUUUUUUGGGUUUGAGUUUUGCUUUCAUUUAUGCUUUCUUCUUUGAAGAUUCUAUUUAAAAAAAAAAAAUUAAACUAUUUGAAGGUAAGGUAGCUGGAUAACCUAACCAAUAAAAAGACAACAAUUCA